UGCAUUUGUUUUUGAGACAACACUCUCCUCGACUCUGACUCACCUAGUUCUGUUUCGAGCCUCACUUUUUUUGCCAGUGCACCACAAGCACCAGAGGAUAUUUAUUUUGCCAACAAACAAUUUUGAUUCGUCUUUGUUUCCACCAUGGUUGCUGAUAGUGAGAAUGUAGGGAUCGCCUUUGCCUUGGUGAUCGCCGCUGGGGCCUCGACAGCUUUGGGGGCGUCGGUCGUUUUCUUCCCAUCUUUGGUCAAGUUGGCGUCGAAGAAAACUCUAGCUGGAGGGCUUGGAUUGUCGGCCGGAGUAAUGACAUAUGUCUCGUUUGUGGAGAUCUUUGCGAAGUCUGUGUUAUCCUUUGGAGUUGAUGGAGCCGGCUUGGAUGAGAACAAGGCCUACGGUUAUGCUACCAUUUGUUUCUUUGCAGGAGUGGUUUGCAUGGUGCUGCUGAACUUACUGGUGCACCAUCUUCUGGGUUUUCAUCACGGUCACUUCGACGAUCAUCAAAACCACAACACGCAAGAAGUGAGUGGAAGCGACAAUGAGGAAAUCCAGCCAGGUGAGAAAAAAGGAGAAGAAGACGGCCCUCUACCCCCUUGUUGCACCACGGAUCCGGGUGCCCAAAUUGAUCGCCUCCAACAAAUGGCAGCAGUCAUGGAAGCAAAGGAACUGGAUGAAAACGAACAGAAACAAGAAAUUGAUGAAGCCAGGGAGGAUAAAGCUGAUGUGGUUGCUGCCGAUGAUGAAAAUAAGGAAGAAACCAAAGCGGAAAUACAAAGUGAACAUGACGAAGCAGCAGAAGCCGAAGCUGGAGCUUUGAGAAUCUCCAAAAGAGAAAGCCAGAAACUCUCCCACAUGAGCUUGAAUACAGCAGUUGCCAUUGCAUUGCACAAUUUUCCAGAGGGAUUGGCUACAUUUGUUGCUACAUUGGAGGAUCCAAAAGUAGGUGCUGUGCUGGCAAUCGCCAUUGCCAUUCACAACGUCCCAGAAGGACUCUGUGUGGCUAUGCCUGUGUAUUACGCCACUGGCAGUCGCUGGCGUGCCUUUGGAUGGGCACUAUUGUCUGGAAUCUCAGAGCCCAUUGCUGCAUUCUUUGGUUGGCUGGUUCUGGCCAAUUCUUUCUCGGAUACUCUGUAUGCCAUUCUCUUUGGAAUGGUGGCAGGGAUGAUGGUGAUUAUCUCCGUUCGUGAAUUGCUUCCCACGGCGCAUCGUUAUGACCCCGAGGACAGCGUUGUCACAAACAUGUACAUUUUGGGGAUGGCCAUAAUGGCAUUGUCCCUUGUCUUAUUCAUACUUUAGGGAGUUGGUUCUAGACAUUGAUUCGUGGAAGCAACUGCGGCUGGUUGCCAGCCUAAAAACGUGCUACCUUUUUAAAGAAAGCUACCUACUAGAGUAAUCACUGAAACUGCUAGCUACUGUAGUAUCCUAGCUAGCUGGCCAGACCACUAAAUCGAUUCAACCCUUUUCUUGACCCACGCAAACACAGGGUUGCUAUUGCUGGCCGAAAAUGGAAACUGGAGUUGCGUUGAUGCCACUUACUCUGAUGUUAUGUGACAGUGGAACUAUCGUCCUGCUGGGUCAGAUUUGGGGAGGUGGAGAUUUCUUCUUUUCUGUAACGUUGCAGCGCUUCCGAUGUUGCGAGAGUGGUACGUUAAGGUAUCCAAUGAGGCUGCGCCUGCGCGCUAGUUCCCUCCAACCUAAACUUGAAACAUGCUGUCAAGCUGUCAACCGAAAACAUCUUGCAAGUAUUGG